GCUCCACAUACUAAAUAGCAAACUGGACGUGCUGUGGAAUUAUAUACAAAUCCACAUCCACCUUCAGACAGCACUUACUGCUCCACAAUAUCAGACAUGGAUGGCCCUACACAAAAUGGCUCCACGCAAUUUCUAACAUCAAAAUACAAACGGUGACCUCGCAGAAUACCACUCCGUUGCUUUUAUUUUCUAAACCGUUUUUGGGUGGUUGUUAACUUUUAUGCUAGAUUAUAUCUGUUUCCAACCACGAAAUGAUGGAGAAACUGAAACCAGAGCUUUGCCCAAACAGCCUGGGGGAUGUGAAGUCUCCCCAUCACGAUUUUCUUAAAGAGACUGAGGCGUGUGAAAAACAGGAAAGCACGACAGCCCCGGACAAGGACCUGCAGGGCGAGGGGGCCCCGGGAGACCACCAAAACGGGACGCGUAUCAUUAUUAAUGGGGUUACCAAGGAAACGGCGUACAAUGCCAGCGAACAUGAAAAGGAAAUGGCAGUGAUAGACUUGGCCAGGAGAGGAGGGAUUGUGGAUAUAAAAGGCAGCGAACAGAAAGGAGAUAUCAUCCAGAAGGUGCAGACCACGGAGCUGUGUAGACCACCGAUACACCUACCGUUGCCUCCCCGAGACCUUGUGAGGGAAUCUCGAAUGGUGCAGCUAAGCCCACCCGGUUUUCCUCUCACAGGCAGAGCGAUGCUUUACAGUAACGUUGCGCAGCCUCUCUCCACUAUUAACAGUGGUUUUGGUCCAGACCCAGACCAGUACACCAUGUUUCCCAACAACCGGAUGAAACGGAGAACAGUCCCGUAUGAAAUGGAAGUGGCUGAUGUUGCAGCUUCCCCGCCUAAGAUAGUUCGGCGAAUCUUUACCAACAGCCGAGAGCGAUGGCGGCAGCAGAAUGUGAACGGUGCUUUCGCUGAGCUCCGCAAACUGAUCCCCACCCACCCUCCCGACAAGAAGCUGAGCAAGAACGAGAUCCUGCGGCUCACCAUGAAAUACAUCAACUUCCUCGCCAAGCUCCUGAGCGACCAGGAGGAUGGGGAGGAGGGCAGCCAGCGAGGGAGACAGGGGCACGAGAGUGGCCUGGUGAGAGAGGACCUCCUUCAGAUGCUGUCUCCCAACUCCAGCUGCGGUAGCUUGUUGGACGGAGACGCGAGCCCAGACAGCUUCACAGAGGAACAGGAUUCAAUAGAGUCCCGAUCUGCAACUAGGAAAAUGCACCAUCCCACCCUGCCACUGGAGGGCGGUGGUCAGCGGUGAUGAGUUAGAAAAACUAGGGGAAAAAAAUGGAACAAAGCCCAAUAAAUAAAUACAGCAUCUCUACAUACUCUACUGAGUGUGAAAGAGACUGUGUUGGGGAACAUUAGAGGAGCUGUAGGUGACUCAAUGCUUUCUUAUCUUGUUCUAUAUUGGAUUGGUCCAGGAAAGCAUUUUGGUCUCUUCAGUCUGUAGAAUACUUUUAUAAUAGGUACUCCCUUGAAGUUUUGAAUUCACAGUGGAUCUUGAACAAUGGACUCACCCUGGGAAGACACUUCAGGCUGGUGUUAUAAGCAGUCUACAAAUAUUUGGGAACUACAGACUCACAAUUAUGGGAAACUGAGUACAGAGAAAUGGGACAGUUUUUUUAAUGGUACCUUUAGUUUUUUUGUUUUUCUGUUUCAGAGAAAAGGUACAGUGUAUCUUCAUUUGAGGCUAGUUUCACUCCAUAGUGGGACCAGUCUUUCUGUAUAUGAAUAACUAUAGUUUACCCAGGAGUGGAAGUCAAAAGAUAAAAUCUAUGCUCUUCACUUGUUUCAAAACUCAUUUAAAAGGAUUUCUGUUGACACAUUGGACCCACUCACAAAACUGUAACAUCCCUUUAAAACCUUUUUUUUUAAUUACUUUUAAUGAAUUGGGUUUGAGAGAUGGUUUAAAGUUUAUUCAUAUGCUUCAAAACAUUCUUUAAGCCCAGAUAAUACUUACAAACUUAAAUCAUUUCCUUAAAGAAAGUGUGAUUGAAAAGUGGCCAUUUAAAACUAUUAAACUAUUAUUAUGAUAGCCGUUUACUUACAUUCAGCCAAAUUGAAGUAGCUUAAUUUCAAAGUAGAUGACAGAUGUGCAUAGCAGGAGAAUGCAACAGAA